UAUUCCCUCUCUAAUACGUGUCCAAUGCAAUUUCUAGUACAUAAAGAAUUGACCAUAAAGCAUAGGUAAAAGGUGCCUUAAUUCAAGAAUCUUUUUUUCAUGAAUAUUUAAUAUCAUGUCGGCAUGGUAUAAACCAUGGUUAAAGAAUGAGCAAAUGAGUAAUGACAGUAAACCCUAAGGCAGCUAAGGGUUUUGCCUGAUGAAAUAGCUACCAACUUUUACCAAGUAAUUUCACCAAGAUCAUUGUGCUGUCCAAUAACAACAAAAAAGCAUCUCUUUCUCCAGAUUAACAUAUUAGAUACUCACCCAGAAAAGUCCAAAAACCAUUCUCCCAAGCACUCCCAAAGAAAAGGCCAAAAAAUAAGCCUUUUGUCACAUGAGGGGGGAUAUAUAAGUCCUUUUUCCAUCCUCAAACCAUUUUCAGAAUUCCUCCUGUCUCUCCCACUUGUUAUUUCAACAAAAAAAAGACACCCGCUAAUGGAUCAGAACCCAUUAUCUUUCCAAGGUAUAACAGCAGAAGAAUACAGUAAGCUACAGAAUACAAUCAACACAUGCCACAAACCGGACUUGCCCCCAAACAAAUGCACAUCUAUAAUAGCACAGCGCAUUAACGCCCCAGCAAAUGUUGUUUGGCGGUAUGUCCGAGCCUUUGAUAACCCGCAAGCAUACAAGCAUUUCAUCAAAAGUUGCACAAUGAGGGGUGAUGGAGGGGUAGGUAGCGUGAGGGAGGUUACGGUAAUCUCGGGAAUUCCAGCAGAAAGAAGCACAGAGAGACUAGAGAUGCUUGACGAUCAGAGACGCCUAUUAAGCUUCAAGAUCCUAGGAGGUGAGCACAGGCUUAAGAAUUACUGCUCAGUUACAACAGUGAAUGACAUUAGCCUUAAGGGGAAGAUUUACACUAUCGUCUUAGAGUCGUAUACUGUGGACAUUCCAGAGGGGAACACAGCAGACGACACAAAGAUGUUUGCAGAUACUGUCGUGAAAUUAAAUCUUCAAAAACUAGCUGAAAUAACAGAGACAAGUUCUUCCUGAAAGCCCAAGACCAAGAGUAGUUGAGUGGCAAGAGUGUUGAUUGGCUGGGUCUUAAACAGCUAAACAUUUGACUCUUCAGAGAUUUUUCUCUAAGUAGUGGGAAUGCAGUUAUAUCUUGUAAGUUGAAUUUUCUUUUAUUUGCACUGUAUUAAAUAGUUUAUUUUGAGCGCAUGCCAAACUGUUGGAAGAACACGAUGUCUCUAAUGAUCCAGGAUACUUUAUUCUAUAAAUAACAAAAAGCUUUGUAAUUUAUAAGGUACCCCAAAAAGAAAUUGAAGUGACAAUGAUGGAAUGGAAACCUAAGUGGAAAACCCUUAAUUACAAAGAUCCAAACAUUAUUUAGAAUGUAACAUAUCUGUGUUUUCCUCGCACACACAAAUUUCGUUUGGAGAGUGGUGGUCAAGUAGGGGGACUAUAUGCAAAAAUAAUAUAAAGUGAAUCGAGAAGAACUUUAUAGAACAAACUAAAACAAAAAAAAAGAACUUUAUGGUCAGUAUUGUAAACCUAAACCCUCCACGAGAAAAACUCAUUUCCUUUAUAGUGAUAAAAUUAACCCACAUAAAAUCAGAAACUAUUUUCGUUAGCUUGAGUACUUGAGGGUAGUCCUUUCAUCUAUGUUACGCAAACUUGGGUACUUGUGUCAAGUUUAGG